UAAUUUCCAAUUUUUUUACAGUUAUUUCUGUAUUUUUAAUUUCUCGUAUUUAUCUUGACAAAAAUCUACGAUGGUAAACGGUGGUCUUCAAAUUGGAGGGUUUCUUUUGGGCCUUAUUGGGUGGAUAUUGGGCAUUGUUACGUGUGCCUUACCAGAUUGGAGAAAGAACGACUUGCAAGGUGAAGUUAUUGAGUCUGUGAUACGAACCACGGGCUUAUGGGUAAGAUGCACCACGCAGGCAACUGGCUUAUGGACUUGCGAUGAUUAUGAUUCAUUCUUCUUGGGUUUGCCCGUCGCUCUUCAGGCCGCUAGAGCAUGCGUCUGCCUCAGUAUCGCAAUGGGUUUCUUGUCUUGUAUUUGCUCCGUGUUCGGAUUGGAAUGUACUAAUAUUUCAGCUGGUAACCCAAAAAUGAAGGCAAGAAUAACCCUUGUUGCCGGUUUGUUGAAUUUUAUUGGAGGUGUUUCCGUCGGAAUAGCCGUGUCUUGGUUCGCUGCCAACGUUUUGCAAGAAUAUUGGAAUCCCCUUGGAGCAGCCACCAGUAACACCAGAUACGUCUACGGAUCUGCACUUUUUGUUGGAUGGAUUUCUAUGGCAGUCAGCGUCAUCGCUGGUCUUGUACAGUGUUGUUCAUCAUGGAACGUCGACGACGAAGAUAAUGGCCGUCCUUACACUUACAACCCGUCCAAACCAAAAGCAUCUUCAGCUGAAUAUAUUUAAAUAUUCAAACCAAAACAAUUUUUAUCGUUGCAACGGAUUCAUCAAUUGCGCGGUUUCUGUUAAAAGUCCAAUUCAUUUCCCGAUGCACAGAAUUUUCGACUUCUAGCAUAGUGUAGUGUGGGGGAAGAUGGGACACAUUUAGCACAUAAUAUCCAAAUUUCCUGAUCGUGUUUUAAACAAUUGGGUCUAUAAGAGUCGCGAGAAUACGGUUUUAUAAUUGAUUGAAUUUUCUUUGUUUACUACUAAAUGGGUUGGAAAAAUAGAAUAAAAUGGUGUCCCAUCUUCCCCACCUUACUAUAUAUGUUUUCUGUGAUUUGGAGAUAUACUAAAUCAUACGUCCAACAAAUAGUUGGCUAACUCGACUUUAAACAACAUGUAUAAAUUAUGCAGUUCAAAAGAAAAACAACAAAUUAAAAAUCUAUAGUUUUCGAAUUCGAAAACAAAUUUGUUUUACACUAUUCUAUAUUGGAUUUGGAAAACCAGACUGAGUGAUUUUACGCCAUCGGUCGUUCUAUCGAUGUUUUGUGUCUAUUCCCGAUUGUUUUGUUGUGUGUUAAAGCAACGAGUUUAACAAAAGCUCUGUUGGUAUUCAUUCGAAGCUAUUCGCUGUAAAUAAAGAAACCAGACCUUG